UUCUCGAAAAGAUUUUAUUCGUGUCAAAGAUGGAUACCUAUCCUGACGUUGCUGAACACGAAUCCAGUGCGAAAAGAAUUAAACUCGACCUAAAAGAGUCGAAUAUAGGUGAAUUGUGCAAUGGGGGAGACUUUUCUAGUUUUUCCACAACAACAGGCGGCGCGAUUGACAUUUCUGAAGGGAUAUCUGCAGACUGUGACUCAGGAUACGAAGCUUCAACAUUAGAAUCAAUUCCAACAUCUUCACAUCAAACUUCACCACAUACAGACCCAGGCGAUGUACAGGAGAGCUUAUCUAGUUUGUCAGAAAUAUUUCUUACGCCUUCACGAACAGACCAAGCAGACACAUCUCAAGACAGCAUUGAAGCAGACGAUGAUAAUGCGUCAACAGUAAGUGAAAUAAGUGGAUUGUCAGACCUGUCUGGACAAGAUUGGAAACCGAUGGCUGCCAGUAUGAUAUGGAUACAGAAACAAAUGCAAAAUGGCGUUAACCCACGAACGCUACUAAGUGAUUUGGGUGUCGAUUUGGAUCAAGUUCCGCAAUAUGUAGAAGAGGUAACACUUUGGAAAUUGAUAAUUAACAUGCUGGCAGAACCUCCACGAAGAAAUAAAUUGAGGCAUGUUAAUACAUUGGACGAUGUAGUUCGAUUAGUUAAAGGUGCUCAAAACAUAAUUGUAUUAACAGGCGCCGGUGUGUCCGUCUCUUGUGGAAUACCAGAUUUUCGUUCUCGAGAUGGCAUCUAUGUUCGAUUGGCGAUAGAUUUUCCGAAUCUUCCAGACCCCCAAGCAAUGUUCGACAUUAGUUAUUUUAGUCAAGACCCAAGGCCGUUUUUUAAAUUUGCCAGAGAUAUAUAUCCAGGAAAAUUCAAACCUAGUCCUUGCCACAAAUUUAUAAAAUUGUUAGAAAAAUAUGGAAAACUUUUACGUAAUUAUACUCAGAACAUAGAUACUUUAGAAAAAGAGGCUAAUAUUGAAAAAGUAAUUGAAUGCCAUGGUUCCUUUGCGACGGCGACGUGCACAAAAUGCGGUUAUAAAGUUACAGCUGAUGCUAUUAGAGACAUCGUUCUAGCUCAAAAUAUUCCUUUAUGUGAAAAAUGUCAUCCAGGAAAGACUUCUGUCCCAUCAUCAGACGAUCUGAGUGAAGAUGGUGAAAAAAUAGAUUAUAGGCAGCUAGUGUCUUCUGGAAUUAUGAAACCAGAUAUUGUGUUCUUUGGUGAAGGACUUCCAGAUACAUUCCAUGAAGCUAUGGCUGAAGAUAAAACGAAGUGUGACUUGUUAUUAGUAAUAGGGAGUUCGUUAAAAGUACGACCUGUUGCCUUGAUUCCCAGCUCGUUACCUGCGCACGUACCACAAAUUUUAAUUAACCGAGAACCUCUGCCGCACUGUCAUUUCGAUGUGGAAUUGCUAGGUGAUUGCGAUGUUAUUAUAAACCAUCUUUGUCAUUUGUUUAGUGGAGUUUGGAAAGAAGGCAUAUUUGAUAAUAAAUUAGAGGAAGCUCCACACUUGCUUCCUUUGGAAGAAUUUAGCCCCCAGUCAUCCCCUAAUUUGAAAAACAAUGAACUUUGUACUUCUGACGAUUGUGUUGAAAUCAGAACCGAGCCAAAUUGUAUAGAUAACUUAGAGCAGAAAAAACAGCCAUGUUCAUGUAAUGCUAGUACAAAAUGUAGUUCCUUAAAUGUAGCAAAAGAUAUAGAAUUCAGUUGUGUGUGUAGUGCAUCAAGUAACAAACCAACGUCAAUUAUUAAUAAGCAAUCUUCACUAGAUGCAGAAUUUGUCAAUUCGUUGGACGUUAAGUCUGUAAAAGAACGCCACAUGUCCGUAGAUUCCGCUAGAGAUUCAGGCAUUGGAGAUAAUUCCAAUUUCGCUGACUUAGAAACAAAGUACGACGAUACUUCCGAUGAAAAUUUAGAAAUACACGACUACAACAGUUGCAGAGUUAAAAAAGAAGACUUUGAUGUAAUUUCGGAAAGAAGUACCAAUCCUCAAUUCACAGACAUAUCGAAUAACACCUUAACUGAAGAAAGUAAGAUAAACUCAACAUAUUUAGAAAGUACAAGCACAUCAGAUCUGAAAGGUUUUUGGCAACCAAAAAUAAAGAAAAGCCUUGCGGAACGAUUGCCGCCAAAAUCUUUCUAUCUUGUUAAACCGAGCCGAUACAUUUUUCCUGGAGCUGAAAUAUAUUAUGACCCUGAUGAAAAAUUUGGUUAUUACGAAGGUUCAUCAAGUUCAGGUAACUCAGACAGCGAAUCAGAAUGUGAACCGCAUGAACCGAUCAGUAAUCAAUUCUAGUUCAUUACUUAAAUCUGUUUUAUUUUUGUUGUUAAAACUUUUUGUUGUCACCAUAUUUUAUGAAAGAUGAUCAUAAUUUAACAACUUGGAAUUAUAUCAUAAUUCAUAAAGUUACAUUCACUUGAUAUUAAUAACCACAGCAGCGUUUAUAUUGAGGUUAUAUUUACUGAAUGAAUACCUUCUAUUAAAGGACAAUCGUAGCUUCAUUUUUGUAUUCGAAUAAUUAUUAAGGAAUGAAUGGUAAUAGGUUUUACUUUAUAUCAGUUAUUUUCAGUGUCCAAGUCUAGUAAGUAGUUACUGAUUGUAAAGUUGAAACACUUGUUUGUUAUUUAACAUAUGUAAUAUAUAUACUUUAUUACGGUAUAUGUAUUAUAUAAAUAUAUAUUGGCUUUAUUUAAAGCCUUUUUAUAAUGUAGUGUGUAUUUCUGUUUUGAAAACAAAAGAAUUGUGUUCACUUUCAUAGUUUAUGGCUUUAUUUUAUGGUAUUUUUUUUUAUUUAUAUUGUUGAACUAUAUGUAUGUGUGUAUGUAUGCAGCCUCAGGGUGAUUUUUUGUUUUGAGAUUUAUUGAAUGCCAGCUGUGUGAAGUGUGGAUAAUAAUGAAGAAAAUUUAAUGAUCUCUAAAAACGUAUUGUGUAAGAGCAAUUAUUCUAAGUUUGUAGAUCUUCGUCUAUUACGAUAUCGGGAAAACUCUGUUAAGUCCAAGAACUGAUUAUUAUAUUACUUUUCAUAAUUUUGCGGAGAUUUUUUAUGACCAGUGUCAAGUACCUUUUUUGUUAGUGAAAUUACUAGUAAUUAAGUUUGAUUACAUGUCGUGUAAUCGCGCAAUAUUUUAUGAUUGUCGUCUACUUUAUUUAUAGUAUGAUAAUAGCUGUUAAUCGCAGAUUUUUUUUUAAUACAAAAAUUGCUCUACUUGUAUAUUGAAAUUGUUACAAAAGUCUUAUGAUAAUAUAAUUGUAUAUAGAAAAAUAAGUUUAAAUUCAUCAGAGCUUUACAUUAAAUUCUAGUGUUUUUUUUUUACUUUAGAUUGUUUGUAUUGAGUAUUGUUUCUUUUUAUUUAGUUAACAGUUAUUACUUAUGUAUAACGAUGCUUAUAUUUUCAAGUAGUUUUUUAUUUAGAAAUCUUAUUUAUUUUUGUACUUCACUUAAUUGUGGAUUUUUUUACGCAUUUAUUUUCCUUUCUAGCUCUGAUAUAUCAUGCAACAAAAUGUGUUGUCAAUGUGUAGUCAAGCAACAAUUGACAACAAAUUUAGUUUUAAUGGUUGUGCACAAAUCAUAUUUUUUAUAUUAAAUACAAAACAUACUUGCAUUGAUAAUUUUACUGUAGUCAUUACCUAAAAUUUAACCAUGUUACGUCGCAUUCUAUAUGCGUUUAAUUUAAGAUAAUUUUGUAACCCAAAAUUUUUCUUAAAUUACUCGUAUUGUGACUACUUUUAAUCAUCUUUUUAUUUUUAUUAUGCCUGUAUGUGCAGUGUUAUUAUUAGUUUUGUAGAAUGUAUUAGGAUUACUGUUAUUUUUGUACAAGUAUUUAUUCCCUUUUUUUGGCUACGAGUUAGUAUAUAAACAGUGUAAAUCGUUUGAAGUAAUUAUAUGAUAUUAAAUUAUCCUUAAAAGUUAUAUUUUGUAAUAUUCUAUUUUCUAAUUUAUAUUUGUGUGUACAUAUUAAUGUUAUAAAGCAAUAAAAUUUGUUUCUUAUUUGUAA